AUGAGCCUUGAUAUUAGCAAAUCUGCUGUGCAUAUGAAUAAAAACACAAGAUUAAAAAAGGAUAAGCAUGAUGAUGAAAAUUUAGAUGAUGUUGAUUAUGAACUGGUGGAGAAAUUUAGCCAGAAUUACGUACCAACAAAGGGAGAAAAAAUUACCUUCCUAAUUUUAGGUAUCUUGGCCCUAUGCGGAUUCAAGUCGAUAAUCGCCAGCGAAUUUGCCUUUUAUCCUCCCCACAUAAUUGGAUACACAGUGGAUGAAGAUAAAUUUAUGUAUGGGAGUAACCAUUUCCUGCAAGGUAGCAUGAACAAGAUAAUGGAAGAUCAUGGUUUUGGUAUAAACUACAGUAAACUAACUAAGGGAAAAGAUGAAAUUGCAGCAAUACUUCUUUACAAGAAACCUCUAGAUUUAAAUAAACAGUUGAUUCUGUUUUCACAUGGAAAUGGUAUAGAUCUAGGAUACUCCUUCCACACACAUUUAAAUUUGCUGACACAAACAGAUGCAAAUGUGAUGGCAUAUGAUUAUAGUGGAUAUGGAUAUAGUAAUAAAAAGCCAAGUGAAAAAAAAAUUUAUAAAAACAUAAAGAUGGUUUAUGAUUAUUUAACGAAUGAAUUAGAGGUAAAUCCAAUGAACAUUAUACUGUAUGGACAUAGCAUAGGAUCAUGUGCAUGUAGUUACUUAAUGACUUUGAAAAAUGUCAAAGUUGGUGGUUGUAUUUUACAAUCUCCAUUAGCAAGUGGAAUUAAAUUAAUAUUUCCUUUUCAAAAAAAAUACAUCCCAUGGCUUGAUGUAUUUAAAAAUUAUGAAAAAUUAAAAAAAGCUUCGGUUGCACCCUUCUACAUUAUGCAUGGAAAAAAAGAUGAAGAUGUCCCUUAUCACCACUCGAUCAUAUUAUUGAAUAGUCUUAAAGAAAAUUUUGAAAAUAAGAGAAAAAACAAGAAAAAUAAAGCCAAUUCUUCGAUUCAAAAUAUAGACAAUACUUCCUUAAUUAAAUUCUGGGGGGUUGCCAACUCUGACCACAAUAAUAUGGAGUUAAUGAAUUACGAUUCUUUUUACAGACGAUUCCGUGAAUUCCUACUCCAUUGUAGACAUUACAACUCAGCAUAG